AUGCUAUAUUUGCGUUUACACAGACAUGCUGGUGACCUUGGCAACAUCGUUGCCAACGCUGCUGGAGUAGCAGACAUCAAGCUUGAUGACCGGACCAUAAGUUUGACAGGCGCCAAUUCAAUCACUGGCAGAUCGAUAGUUGUCCACGCUGGAGAAGAUGACCUGGAGGGAGGCAAUGAGGAAAGUUUGAAGACGGGGAAUGCUGGCAGUCGACUGGCCUGCGGUGUGAUUGGUAUUGCCAAGUGACUAUAAGCUGCUAUUUCCCUAACUGUCACAUCCAACUGGAGCCGUCAGCAUAACGUGGUGUCUUACCCCUAGCAUAGACAGGAAUAUGUUGUACUAAAUAAUGUACGCUAUUACACAUGGGACGUAUAGUCGCACAAGUUCAGGUUUGUUACUGUUAAAAAAAAUACAUACGUCGUAUGUUUUAGGAAAAUCUAUAGGAAAAUACGACCAACAAACCAUUUUCUAAAUCAUUAUUUGGAGCUUUUCGUUUUGUUCAGGAUAACUUAAUAUUUGUGUUUUGAAUAUUUAUAUGCUCUAGGUCGGACACCAUUAUUUUUAUUCCAAGACUGUAUGUAUGCAGACUGAUUAUAUUUCCUUGAGCUAGUUAAAGAAGUUGCUGUUGAGUGUAAAUCCAUGAUAGAAUUCCAUCUUGUGGAACGUUGCACAAUUUGUGGUGGGGUAAUCACUGUCUCUAAUCAAACAGAAUAAAUCCUGCUGUUGUAUA